GACACGCAAUCUAUUUGGAUUGGGAAAAGCCGCCGCGAACCGUGAAGCCGCUGGCUAGCUUCUGGGCCAAUUAGGUGAUGCAGGGUGGCACGGGGCGAUAGCACAGGUUGUGUAUUCCGUCCAGAUAUCCGUUCAGACCAAGCUCAGCCUCAGUUCUUGGUCCGUUCUACUUUCUUCAGGUGAUUCUUUUCCGUGGUAGUAUGUGUAUGUGUGCGCAACGGUAGUUUGAUCAACAACCAGCCAGUCUUCAUUAGGCCCCGACUUCCAACUAUUUAAUUUCUCUAAUUAAGGCGAGACGAGAAUGCGCGAGUGGUGAUACGUGGAAAAGCGCAGUGAAAAAUUUUUGCGAUUUUCAGAAAAGCAUUUUAGUGAAAAAUUGAAGAAAGGAAAGAAAAAAAAAUCGUAAGUGAAGUGCAACCAAGUUAUCCGACAUUGUGCACAUUGAAGACGUGUGAGUGCGUUCACCUUUCAUGCGCGAGGCAAUCUUCUUUGGAUGCUGAAGUUACCUGAGAGAAAGAAAAUGGAUAAUUGAGUGCUUAGCAGCAUUUUGAGGAUUAAUUAACGUGACCCUCUCUGAUACCGCAAGAUCAACCAAAGGAUAUAGCCUGGGCGUGACUUUUUCACUCUAAGGGUAAAGUCGCUUCGAAGAAGAGCUACACCAGCAUUUUUACUGUAGUCAAUGAAGCGUGACAAUGGUUAUAGUUACACGGGGUGACUACAUCUGGAUCGAACCCGUAUCGGGUAGAGAAUUCGAUGUAGCCAUAGGAGCUCGUGUUAUAUCAGCUGAGGGAAGACGCAUUCAAGUCCGAGACGACGACGGAGUAGAACAAUGGCUAUCACCCGAGAGAAGAAUCAAAGCAAUGCAUGCCUCCUCCGUACAAGGAGUAGAGGACAUGAUAUCAUUGGGCGACCUCCAUGAAGCUGGCAUCCUAAGAAAUCUCUUAAUUCGCUACAAUGAGAAUUUAAUAUACACCUACACCGGUUCCAUUCUCGUCGCCGUCAAUCCCUACCAAAUUCUCCCCAUUUACACUGCGGAACAAAUAAAAAUGUAUAAAGAGCGUAAAAUUGGUGAAUUGCCACCGCAUAUUUUUGCAAUAGGCGAUAACGCGUAUACAAAUAUGAAACGAUAUCGUCAGGACCAGUGUAUUGUGAUAUCGGGAGAAUCGGGUGCUGGUAAGACUGAAAGUACUAAAUUAAUUUUACAAUAUUUAGCUGCGAUUAGUGGUAAACAUUCAUGGAUUGAACAACAAAUAUUGGAGGCGAACCCUAUUUUGGAAGCAUUUGGUAAUGCGAAAACGGUUCGCAAUGAUAACUCGUCAAGGUUUGGAAAGUAUAUUGAUAUUCACUUCAGCGCAAAUGGGGUUAUAGAAGGUGCUAAAAUAGAACAGUAUUUACUAGAGAAAUCUCGAAUAGUGUCGCAAAAUCCUAACGAACGAAAUUAUCACGUCUUCUACUGCCUUUUGGCAGGACUCUCCCCCGAAGAAAAGAAAAAGUUGGACCUGGGGGUCGCAUCAAAUUACAAAUAUCUAACUGGAGGAAAUUGCAUCACGUGCGAAGGACGUGACGACGCAGCUGAGUUCUCAGACAUUCGGUCCGCCAUGAAAGUCCUAUUAUUCUCAGACCAAGAGAUAUGGGAAAUCUUGAAGCUCCUAGCUGCACUCCUGCACUGUGGCAACAUUAAAUACCAGGCGACCGUAGUAGACAAUCUUGAUGCAACGGAGAUUCCAGAACACACGAAUGUGGAACGCGUUGCAGCUUUGCUAGGAAUUCCAACUCAACCUUUAAUUGACGCGCUUACUAGUAAAACUUUCUUUGCUCACGGCGAAACUGUGAUUUCCACGUUGUCUCGAGAUCAAUCGGUGGACGUACGCGAUGCAUUUGUCAAGGGCAUUUACGGGAGACUUUUUGUCCUCAUUGUGAAAAAGAUAAACAGUGCGAUAUACAGGCCACGGGCUACGUCCAGGAACUCGAUUGGAGUGCUUGAUAUUUUCGGAUUUGAAAACUUCGAUCAGAAUAGCUUCGAACAAUUCUGUAUAAAUUUUGCCAAUGAAAACCUCCAACAAUUCUUCGUUCAGCACAUCUUCAAGCUAGAGCAAGAGGAAUACAAUCAUGAAGGAAUCAACUGGCAACAUAUCGAAUUUGUGGACAACCAAGACGCUUUAGAUUUGAUUGCUAUCAAACAGUUGAACAUUAUGGCCUUGAUCGACGAAGAGGCCAAGUUUCCAAAAGGUACAGACCAGACUAUGUUGGCCAAAUUGCACAAAACUCAUGGAGCUCAUAGGAACUACUUGAAGCCUAAGUCGGAUAUCAACACUAGUUUCGGAUUGAAUCACUUUGCAGGAGUUGUAUUUUACGACACCAGAGGUUUUCUUGAAAAGAACAGAGACUCGUUCAGUCCUGAUCUAUUACAGUUGGUUAGUGGAUCUACCAAUAAGUUCCUGCAGCAGGUUUUCGCAAGUGACAUAGAAAUGGGUGCAGAAACAAGGAAGCGAACUCCUACACUAUCCACGCAAUUCAAAAAGAGUCUCGACUCUUUAAUGAAAACUCUGAGCUCGUGUCAACCAUUCUUCAUUCGAUGCAUCAAACCUAAUGAAUUUAAAAAGCCAAUGAAGUUCGAUAGAGGUCUUUGUUGCCGUCAGCUGCGUUACUCCGGAAUGAUGGAAACCAUUAGAAUCAGAAGAGCUGGCUAUCCUAUUCGGCAUGGAUUCCGAGAAUUUGUGGAAAGAUAUCGCUUCUUGAUUAAUGGUAUUCCACCUGCUCACAAAACCGAUUGCCGAACAGCAACAGCAAGGAUUUGUGCGUUGGUUCUAGGAAAAUCAGAUUAUCAGUUGGGCCACACUAAAGUCUUUCUAAAAGAUGCUCAUGAUCUGUUCUUAGAACAAGAAAGGGAUCGUGUAUUGACCCGGAAGAUUUUGAUCCUGCAACGCUCUAUCAAGGGAUGGGUCUAUAGACGAAGAUUCCUUAGGAUGAGAUCCGCUGCGAUCACAAUUCAGAAAUAUUGGAAAGGAUACGCACAACGCCAACGAUACAAGCAAAUGAAAGUGGGCUACAUGCGCCUACAAGCUCUGAUACGAUCUAGAGUCCUAAGUCAUAGAUUCCGCCAUCUGCGAGGUCACAUUGUAGGUCUUCAGGCUCAUGCUCGCGGCUAUCUUGUUCGUCGUGAGUACGGCAAGAAAAUGUGGGCAAUUAUUAAAAUCCAGUCGCACGUUCGUAGAAUGAUUGCAAUGAGAAGGUAUCGUAAGUUGCGUGAGGACUAUCGACAAUAUAAUGAAGUCCUUCGGUUGAGGAGACUUGAAGAACAAGAAUUGAAACACCAAGGCAACAAGCAUGCGAAGGAGAUCGCCGAGCAACAUUAUCGUGAUCGUCUGCACGAACUCGAGCGUAAAGAGAUCGAGAAAGAAAUGGAGGAGCGAAGGCGUGUUGAGGUGAAAAAGAACAUCAUCAAUGACGCAGCGAGGAAACAAGACGAGCCAGUGGAUGACAGUAAGCUCGUUGAAGCCAUGUUCGAUUUUCUACCCGAUUCAAGCAGUGAAGCUCCAACACCGCAUGGAGGACGGGAGACGUCUGUAUUCAACGAUUUACCACACUCGAAUUCCAUAAACCAAGACGAUAUUAUCGGUCCAAUGCAUGUAUCUGAAGACGAGGAAGAUUUGUCUGAAUUUAAGUUCCAAAAGUUCGCAGCCACUUAUUUCCAAGGAAACAUAACGCAUCAGUAUUCAAGAAAACCGCUCAAACAUUCACUGCUCCCGCUACACACUCAGGGAGAUCAACUUGCCGCUCAUGCUCUAUGGAUAACUAUUUUAAGAUUCACCGGGGAUUUGCCAGAGCCGAGAUAUCAUACAAUGGAUCGUGAUAAUACGUCAGUUAUGUCAAAGGUUACGGCAACGUUGGGGAGGAAUUUCAUAAGGAGUAAGGAAUUCCAAGAAGCACAACUUAUGGGACUCGACACCGAUGCCUUCCUGAAACAGAAACCCCGCUCUAUACGUCACAAACUAGUCUCCCUUACUCUAAAACGAAAGAACAAACUCGGCGAAGAUGUACGUCGACGUCUUCAAGAUGAAGAAUACACAGCAGACAGCUAUCAAUCUUGGCUGGAAUCUCGGCCCACCUCCAACUUGGAGAAGCUGCAUUUCAUUAUAGGUCAUGGCAUCCUCCGCGCUGAGCUACGAGACGAAAUCUACUGUCAAAUUUGCAAACAACUGACAAACAAUCCAUCCAAAUCAUCACAUGCCAGAGGUUGGAUUUUACUUUCACUUUGCGUAGGAUGCUUUGCUCCGUCUGAAAAAUUCGUAAAUUAUCUACGAGCGUUCAUUCGAGAAGGACCUCCAGGAUAUGCUCCAUACUGCGAGGAGCGUCUUAAACGGACAUUCAAUAAUGGAACAAGGAAUCAGCCUCCUUCAUGGUUGGAAUUGCAGGCCACAAAGUCCAAGAAGCCUAUCAUGCUCCCCAUUACGUUUAUGGAUGGAAAUACUAAGACACUUUUGGCAGAUUCAGCGACAACCGCUAGAGAGCUUUGCAAUCAGCUCUCCGAUAAAAUAUCUCUGAAGGAUCAAUUUGGAUUCUCCCUUUAUAUUGCACUCUUCGAUAAGGUAUCAUCACUAGGCAGCGGUGGAGAUCACGUUAUGGAUGCUAUCUCCCAAUGCGAACAAUAUGCCAAAGAACAAGGGGCUCAAGAACGUAACGCUCCGUGGCGUUUGUUCUUCCGCAAAGAGAUUUUCGCACCGUGGCAUGAUCCAACUGAGGACCAAGUUGCUACCAAUCUUAUCUAUCAGCAAGUUGUACGUGGAGUUAAGUUUGGAGAGUAUCGAUGUGAUAAGGAGGACGAUUUGGCAAUGAUAGCAGCUCAGCAGUAUUUCAUCGAAUAUGGAACAGAUAUGGCAAUGGAGAGAUUGUUUACGUUACUCCCUAACUUCAUACCGGAUUAUUGUUUGACCGGAAUCGAGAAGGCAAUGGAUCGGUGGGCUGCUUUGGUUCUGCAAGCUUACAAGAAGAGUUAUUAUAUUAAGGAGAAAACUGCUUCGUUGAAGAUCAAAGAGGAUAUAGUCAGUUACGCAAAAUACAAGUGGCCGUUAUUGUUUUCAAGAUUUUAUGAAGCGUACAGGAACUCGGGACCAAAUCUCCCUAAAAAUGAUGUCAUCAUAGCAGUUAAUUGGACGGGCGUCUAUGUGGUUGACGAUCAAGAACAAGUUCUUCUAGAGCUUUCAUUUCCAGAGAUAACUUCCGUAUCAAGUCAAAAGACGAACAAAGUGUUCACACAGACAUUUAGUUUAUCCACCGUUCGCGGUGAGGAAUUCACAUUCCAAAGUCCAAAUGCCGAAGAUAUACGAGAUUUAGUUGUAUAUUUCCUGGAAGGGCUGAAGAAGAGAUCAAAGCACGUUAUUGCACUGCAAGAUUAUCGUGCUCCAGGAGAAGGCACCAGUUUCUUAUCAUUCCUUAAAGGAGAUUUAAUCAUCCUCGAAGAAGACUCAACAGGAGAGACCGUCCUCAAUAACGGAUGGUGUAUUGGAAGAUGUGAACGUACUCAAGAGCGUGGUGAUUUCCCGGCAGAAACGGUUUAUGUGCUUCCAACUCUCACCAAACCGCCACAAGAUAUCUUAGCAUUGUUCAGUGUCGAAGAUGCUCACCACGGUCGAAGACUAAGUAUGGUGUCAAACGGUGGAACGGAACCGCGUGAUAGGCCACAUACCUUGGUUGAAUAUGCAUUGGAUCAUUUUAGGUUACCACCAAAGAGAACGAUGUCGAAAACAUUGACGUUGAGUUCAAAACGCGACGAAAUUUGGAGGUAUUCACGGGAACCUCUAAAGCUUCCUUUGUUGCUGAAACUUCAAGCUAAGGAGGAACUUGCCGAGGAGGCAUGCUUUGCUUUUGCAGCUAUUUUGAAGUAUAUGGGCGAUUUGCCUUCUAAAAGACCACGAAUGGGGAAUGAGAUUACAGAUCAAAUUUUCGAUGGUCCCUUGAAACAUGAGAUAUUAAGGGACGAAAUUUAUUGUCAGAUAAUGAAGCAGUUGACGGAUAAUAGGAAUCGCCUAUCUGAAGAACGAGGUUGGGAGCUCAUGUGGCUUGCCACUGGUCUCUUUGCAUGCAGUCAAGGACUCCUCAAAGAACUGACACUAUUCCUGCGAACUCGUCGACAUCCAAUUUCACAAGAUUCACUUCAUCGUCUCCAGAAAACAUUGCGUAACGGCCAACGCAAAUAUCCGCCACAUCAAGUUGAAGUUGAGGCCAUACAGCACAAAACUACACAAAUUUUCCAUAAAGUCUACUUCCCCGAUGACACAGAUGAAGCGUUCGAAGUCGAUUCGUCAACUCGUGCCAAAGAUUUUUGUCACAACAUUUCACAACGUUUAAGUCUACGAUCGAGCGAAGGAUUUAGUUUGUUUGUGAAAAUCGCUGAUAAGGUGAUAUCUGUGCCAGAAGGAGAUUUCUUCUUUGAUUUUGUGAGGCAUUUAACCGAUUGGAUUAAGAAGGCACGACCAAUUCGUGAUGGUUCGAAUCCACAAUUCACAUACCAAGUGUUCUUUAUGAAGAAGUUGUGGACGAACACAGUGCCAGGGAAGGAUCGAAAUGCUGAUUUGAUAUUCCACUAUCAUCAAGAAUUGCCUAAGUUGCUAAGAGGGUAUCAUAAGUGUUCGAAGGAAGAGGCAGCCAGGCUCGCUGCCUUAGUUUAUCGAGUUGGAUUUGGUGAGAACAAACAGGAGCUACAGGCGAUCCCGCAAAUGCUUCGGGAACUAGUCCCAGCGGAUCUUAUAAAAAUUCAAAGUGCGAACGAUUGGAAGCGUUUGAUUGUCGCAGCAUAUAAUCAAGACGCUGGCAUGACCCCCGAAGAUGCCAAAAUAACAUUCCUUAAGAUCGUAUACAGAUGGCCGACAUUCGGUUCAGCCUUCUUUGAGGUCAAGCAGACGACGGAGCCCAAUUAUCCGGAGAUGUUAUUGAUAGCGAUCAAUAAGCACGGAGUCAGUCUGAUACAUCCUCACACGAAAGAUAUUUUAGUCACACAUCCUUUCACUCGAAUAUCGAACUGGUCAUCGGGAAAUACAUAUUUCCACAUGACUAUCGGAAAUCUGGUUCGUGGAUCCAAACUUUUGUGUGAGACAUCGUUAGGUUAUAAAAUGGAUGAUUUGCUUACAUCGUAUAUAGCUCUAAUGCUUACAAAUAUGAACAAACAAAGGACUAUAAGGGUUAACUAGGUAUAGACUAAAUUUAAAAUUACUUAUGUGUGUAUGGCGCCACAAAUAAGAGGUUUUUCUUCCGUCCAAUAAAGUGCUAUACUAAGAACUCCCUCUUCAUCUCUGACCCAAACGACAUAUUUGACAAUCAUUCAAUGCCUUUAACUUAUAGUUUUUAUCUUUACGACUUUCCGCUUGCUCCACUUGGUUUUCCCUUUUUUGUCGAUUUUAUAAAAGUUUUUAACUUGUUUUCACGUGUUUUGUUUACUUUUGUAAGUUAAAGCGAUUGAUUAGGUUAAUUUAACGAGAAGAAAAAAUGUAGUAAUUUAUAUAUAUUAAAAUGUUUAUAAAUAAUGGAAAA